CUCCCUCUUCUUCCUGUGCUCUACUGCCCCCAGCAGGCGCAUGCUACAAUCAGCCACAACAGGCAAUAGGAGUGGAUGAGCCUGAACCGAGCAGUCAGUCUGUCUUCACCACAUGAACACUCCUGUCGGAGGUGAGACCGCCCUCCUCCUGCCAAACCCCCGCUUCCGACUUGAAACAGGAGCCGGUGUCCGGAGCAGGAUGUAUCGAUCUGUUUGCUUGUAGUGCUUCUCCGGCGGAUUCCUCAAUGCGCCAGCCCCGGGAAUGGAUCUGGAAUCCGGUGUGGCGUCCGCAGGGAGUUUCAUCUCCCUGAAUGAACAUGAACAGAGGUAUUACUCAGGUCUCCACGGUCUGUGCCAAGCUGACACCUCAGGAAAACUGUCGCCCAGCAAAGUGGCAGAGCUGUUCAAGGCGUCUCAGCUACCUCCUGAAUCCCUGCAUAAAGUGACUGAGGUGUGUGGAGCGAAGCAUCUGGGCUACUUUGGUACACCUCAGUUCUAUGUGGCCCUGAAGCUGCUCGCGGCCGCUCAGUCUGGCCUGCCCAUCCACCUGGAGAGUGUAACAGCCAAUCUACCUCUGCCCAGGUUUGUUGGGCUGAAGAAUGAACCAGAGAUGCGAUACUCAGCCAUCCCUCCGAGCAUUGACGGUCAGGGGGGUCAGUGUGGGAUUGCACUUGGCUCUGUAUCCUGGACUCCAGCAGACAGGAGCGCCUUCAGACCCUUGGAGGCCAACACAGAGAAGAAGGAACCUUGGUCCCCACCACGAUCACCGUGCAGCUCACCACCUCGCUCUCCACUGACCUACCGCAGCUACCUGUACGCCAAGCAGAGAAACGGGGCAGACUCACAGAUCACCUAUGAAAGCAAACAUUCCUCACGGCCGAUCGUUCAGCUAGAGCAGCACUCCUCGCCCAGUAACUAUGGAGCCAAAACCGCUGUAGAGCAUCCUGCUAUGGCUCGGGCUUCCUCAUCAGAGAGACUGGACCAGCAGGGUAUAGUGGACUAUUCUGAUGAUGACCCCUGGAGGAUCACAGUGGAACAGCUGGAGUAUUACACUAAUCAGUUCAAGAGCUUGCAGCCUGACCUGGGGGCUCUCAUCCUGGGAGCUAUUGCAAAGAACUUCUUCACAAAAUCCAAGCUCCCAAUACCAGAACUUUCCCACAUUUGGGAGUUGAGUGAUGUGGAUAGAGAUGGAGCUCUCACUUUCUCUGAGUUCUGCACAGCCUUUCACUUGAUUGUGGCACGCAAGAACGGUUACCCUCUCCCAGAGAGCCUUCCUCCGACCCUGCAGCCAGGGUUCAAGCAGCAGGAAGAGGACAUACCGGAUACUCCUGAAAGUGCAGAGGCUCUUAUUGUCUUUGAGGAUGAGGAACUGAGGCCUAGUCAGAUGGAUCGGAGCAUCAUAGAGAGGCUCCAGCCAAGCCUGGCAACAAAUAAACAAGAUUUGAAAGAAGACUUGCGUAAACAAGAUGUAGGUGUGAAAAGGGUGACAACAUCUCGAGAGAAACAGGCUCUACAACUUAGUGCUUUUCCUGACAGACUAGAGCCGCCUCAUGACCUGGACCCACAGAUAAGGACAAAAACAAGACAGAGGUCCUACUCCAGCACUUCUUUUGAAGAUGCAAUGAAGAAAGCAGAAGAGCCUCCCACCCCCCCACCUCGACCCCAGAAAACCCACUCCAGAGCGUCUUCGCUGGACCUCAAUAAGCUCUUCCAGCAGGGCGCUCCGGGCGUGAAAUGGUUGCCACCUCCUCCGGCACUCCCUCCUAGACCAUCGACUUCACAGGUUUCUCAUUUUAUCAACGUUUCGGAGAAGACUCCGCAGAAAAAAGUGCAGCAGCCAAACUUUGCUGACUUCAGUCACUUUAGAGAAGAGGAGGAGAGCAGUGUGAAACCGGAGGAACAGGGUCCGCGCUCUAGAUUUGGUCCAAGUACUGAGGACUUGACAAAUGCUUCAAAACAGGACGUGAUUGGAGUUUCUCACAGUCAGGCCCCACAGAAGCCAGUCCGCAGGAAAUACCACUCUGAGAGCCAGAACCUGGAGACCACACCUCCACCUGCCAUGCCGUUUCCUCCCCCUACUAAAUCUGCUCAAAAACUGCUGUCCAAACAGAAGAGGGAGAUCCAGAUGGCGAUUCGUAAAAACAAGGAAACCAAUGCAGUGUUGACACGCCUCAAUAGCGAACUCCAACAACAACUCAAGGUGGUUCACCAGGACAGGGUCACCUUGGAGUCCCAGCUGGAGCUCCUGCGUCCUCUGGCCUCGACGUGACUGAGCCUGAAGUCUGGUUAGAGUCACGUAACCUGCGUGUCACCGAAAUGCAUCUCUAUCAAACAUGAAUGUUUGAGCCAACAUACAGAAAGUUGUUGUCUUCUUGUCAUGGAUACAUAAUAAAUGUAAAAGGGUUGAAGAUGGGUGUCAGACUGGGAUGUGCCUCUUCGGUUUAUUUGAUGAAUAAAUCCAGUCCCACAUCCAAAUGUUUGUCUGUAUUACGCUUAAUGAUGUUUUGGAGGAUUAGAUUUUUUUAAAUCACUGUAAGAUAGGCACAUGUUAAAUAUCCUGUCAUUCACUGUUCUAACUUAUUUUUUCUCUUUUGAUUUACUGUUACUUUCUCCCUUGAAUCUUACCUUGCUCACAAAACAUGUAACAGUUUGUCCACAUAUUGCCAUGACUGAGAUACAUGUUUAUGUUCGUUGUUAAUAACGGCAACUAAAGUACUCUCAGUUUUUGGCAGUCCAUGUAUACAGUACAUUUCAUGGGUAUCCACGUGUGGUUUAAAGCAAGUGAUGGUGCUACAGAUUAGUUUCUGAAUUUUUUGCACUUACAGUCUUUAAAAAAUGCACAUUUGGAAGGUUGUACUUAAUGUUAUAAACAGCCACAUAUGGGUUGGAUUUUAUUUGGUUACAAAUUCUACCCUGCACAUUUUAUUGUCUGUCACAUGAGGCUAUUAGGAAACUGAAGAAUGUUGACACUGGAUUUGUGUGAAAUAUGGACAUUUACUUGAAACUUUGCUCUAUCUUUAAUUUUAGCCCUGUCUGACUGUCGAUAUUGAAUCCCCCUAUGUUUAUUAUCACAUGAAGAGUUAUAUCUGCAGUGCAUCCAUACGGUCACAAUGAUUUUACUGAUAUUCAAGUUUGCAAAAAAAAAUUACAUUUAAAAACUAAGCCAGUGUUAACUGUCUAGAAAAGAAAGGAAUAAGCAUAAUAUUCUUCCAAUGUUUUUUUUUUUUUUUUUUUUUUUUGCAGGAUGUAUUUCAAAAACAGCUAAUAUCUGCACAAGCAGAUGUGGUUUUGGUUUUAUCUAUGCAAAGAUGUGGUGCUGCUUACGCUUGCUUUAGACCUUUUUCCCCCACACAUCCUAAUUGUUCAUGAUGAUAAAUGAAGUGGUUGAAAUACAUGAUGGCAUGCUUGAUACUGCAUGUUUGCUAAAAUGAUGUAAGCAUUGGACUGUAAAUUAACCUUCAAUCAUGCACAACUGAGCUCUGAGCUGAAGAAGGUAAUCAAACUAACCAAUAAAGUUGUCUAUUUUUA